UAUUCAGGUAAACAUUAAGUAAACACCUGGAUGACACAUGACAACAGACUACUAGGAAGAAAAAACACCAAACCGAAAGUUGAACACAAUGGCUGAUUAUCCCACCCUUGUAGGCUGCACGUCAAGAAAAACAACUAAAUACUGAAAAUGUGAUGUGACCAAAAUCUGGGAAUAAACAUGGCCACUGCCACUUCCUGGGCCCAGGAGCUCAUCACUUGUGAUCUUAACUGUGUCAACCCCGUCCAGCAAUUCUGUAACAGCUGCCAAGUUGGUCUGUGUGCAGGCUGCAUUAACAAACAUGUCAACAGCCUCAAGUCUAUGAAGCAUGACAUCGUUCCCUUCACAAAGCGCACAGUCCAGCUGGUAUUCCCUCCAUGUACCUUUCAUUCCAACCAGAGAUCUGAGGGCCACUGUCAACAGUGUGAUGUCCCAGUUUGUUUCACAUGUCUCUUAGCUUCACAUAAAGGUCAUGAUGUUGAGGCCAAUGCAGACAUUAUUGACAGAAAGAGAGGAAAUAUCAAAAGGGAAACAGAAGAAAUUGAAAGCAUCAUUAUCCCUAAAAACAAGGAACGAGAUACAGAUGCUGAAGAGAAGAUUUCCAAAACCAUGACCCACUACUCUGGUUUACAGAAAGAAGCCAGGCAUAAAAGAAAACAAUGGCAUGUAGAGGUAGACAGCAUCUUUGACAAACUUGAAUCAUUGAUUGAAUCACUCCAAGAUCAAGAAAUCACAAGUUUGAAAUCCUUCCAGAAUAAACUCAGAAAUCAGAAAUCAAGCAUGGACCAAUCUGUUCAUGAAAACAGGCAGAUCCUCAAAUCCAACGAUGCAUCUGAUGUCACCAACUACAAAUCCAAACUAGAUGAAUUCACGAACAUCCCAGAAGUGCCUGAUUUACUACUACCCUCUCUUGGAACAAACACAGUGCAUAGAAUUAGGAAAAUACAAAGCUAAACUGACACAGACAACCCUGUCCAGUCGGAUAGAUCAAGUCUCCAUUUUGACAAAUAAAUUAAAAGAAGCCAAAGUGAUAGCAAACAUUCCAACCAAUGUUAACCCAUUAUAUAGAGUAGCCUGCAUGGAAUCCGACAGAGCUUGGAUUAGUGGAAGAGACAAAAUGAUACAAUGCAUUGACAUAUAUGGAACUGUACAAGACACUGUCACCAGUACAUGUUUUGAUUUCCCUACCGAUAUUACAGUGAACAGACAGGGAGAACUGAUUUACUGUGAUAGUGCUCAUAGAACUGUGAACAUUGUCAGACAAGGGAAGACAGAGACACUGAUCACAACACCGCGGGGCUGGCAUCCGAAGGGACUGUGCUGUUCCAGAGCAGGGGACAUCCUGGUCAGCAUGGUUACUACUGAUUAUAGCCAGUACAAAAUUGUCCGUCAUCAAGGACAGAGAGUGACACAGGAAAUAGAUAAAGAUGAAGACGGCAAUCCAAUCUAUCAAGGAGGGGAUUAUCUAGUGUUUGUGACGGAGAACAACAAUGGUGACAUUGUGGUCUCCAAUAUCAACGAUAGAGUAGUGGUAGUGGUGGACAGGACAGGAAAAGUCCGAUUCCGAUACAGAGAAAAACCACCGGGGGGUCAGCAACCAUUCUGUCCAGAACAGCUAGUGACAGAUUCUGUGGGUCACAUCAUUGUGGUCGAUCAAUUAAACCACUGUCUUCACAUUCUAGAUCAGAAUGGACACCUCCUGAGAUGUGUGGACAACUGUGGAUUAUAUAAACCAUUCGGGCUGAGUGUGGACAGUGAGGGGAGGUUGUGGGUGGGGCAGUAUGACUCCAGUGAAGUGAAAGUGAUCCAAUACAUGAAAUAAACAUAAAAACAUUUACAUUUUGUAGGUUCACAUCAUAUACAUUGUACAUGUACAAUGUUCCCCAUGUAAUGAAAUUCGAGAAUGUAACAUGAAAGACUGGUCAUGUCUAGAUAGAAUACGACACCCAAUGUUAUGCAUUUUUUAGUCUUUAAAUUAUUUCAUUCAUAUUGAAAUACAACAUACAUUAAUUUUAUUGAUUGCAAUUACAAUGCUAAUACUUGUAAAAUUACUAUACAUUUACAUUAAAAUGUUUAAAUAUGA